AUGGCGUCUGAAGCUCCCAAGGAUCUUCCAGUGCGGCCUGCCGCUGAAGCACAGGCCAGCAACGCCUCUGAAGCUGCCGCUGCCCCUCCAAAAGAUGCGAAAGCGAAAUCCAAGCAGGCACCCAGCCCCGAUACCCUCCCCGAGGUCAUGAUUGAGCGAAACAAGCUCUUUGAAGAGCUCUGGCAGCAAUACCUCGAGGAGACCAAGAACCGCCCCCACCCUGAGAUCAACGUUACUCUCGAUAUCGGCAACGGCAACCCGCCCUCCUCCGUCCCCGCCAAAGCCUUCGAGACCACUCCUGGAUCUUUCCUGCGCGACGUUCCCAAGGAUGUGGCUGCCAAUAUUGUGAUUGCCAAGGUUGAUGGGGAGCUGUGGGACUUAAACCGGCCUUUGGAAAAGGACUGCGGUGUUCUUCUUAUGCCAUUCAGCAACCCCGAGGCCCGUGAGGUAUUCUGGCACUCCAGCGCCCACACUCUAGGUGAGGCAUGUGAAUGCGAAUACGGAUGUCUUCUUUCCCAUGGUCCUCCGACUCCCCAGGGUUUCUUCUACGAUAUGGCCAUGCCCGAUGGACGGGUCGUCCGUGAAUCUGAUUGGAAGUCCCUAGACUCUAAAGCGGCGCGUAUCUUCAAGGAGAAGCAGAGCUUUGACCGAUUGGAGGUUUCUAAGGAGAACCUUAAGAAGAUGUUCGCGUACAGCAAAUACAAGCUGCACUAUAUCGAUAAGCUUGUCACCGGCGAGAGCAGCACCGUCUACCGCUGCGGCACCCUUGUGGAUCUCUGCCGAGGCCCUCACAUUCAGAACACCGGCAAGAUCAAGACUUUCAAAAUUAUGCAGAACUCAUCAGCCUACUUCCUUGGCGACCAAUCCAACGACUCUUUGCAGCGUAUUCGUGGUGUCGCCUUCCCAGACAAGAAGCUCAUGGCUGAGCACUUGAAGUUCCUAGAAGAAGCCGAGAAGCGGAACCACCUAAGAAUUGGCAAGGAGCAAGAGUUGUUUUUCUUCGACGAGGUGUCUCCUGGGUGUGCUUUCCUCCUUCCCAAUGGAACCAAGAUUUUCAACCAGCUCCAGUCUCUGCUGCGCUCUGAAUACCGUAAGCGAGGCUACCAGGAGGUCCAAACGCCCAAUAUGUAUGACGUCGGCAUCUGGAAGACCUCUGGGCACUGGGAUCACUACAAGGAAGACAUGUUCAAGCUAGAUGUCGAAAAGCGUGAGUGGGCCCUUAAGCCUAUGAAUUGCCCUGGCCACUUCGUUCUGUUUGGUCACCGCGAGCGGAGUUACCGCGAGCUUCCCAUGCGUAUUGCAGACUUCGGUGUUUUGCACCGAAACGAGGCAUCCGGCGCACUGAGUGGCUUAACUCGUGUCCGCCGUUUCCAACAGGAUGAUAGUCAUAUUAUAUGCACCGCGGGCCAAAUUAUGUCUGAAGUUGAGGGCCUGUUCGAUUUAUUGCAGUCCGUUUAUGGGUUGUUUGGCUUUACCUUCAAGCUGAAGUUGUCCACUCGCCCUGAGAAGUAUAUGGGUGCACUGGAGACUUGGAACAACGCCGAGGACCAGCUUAAGAAGGCCUUGACCAAGUUUAAGGGUGAUGAUUGGACCAUUGAUGAGGGCGAUGGCGCCUUCUACGGACCUAAGAUUGAUAUUACUAUCGCGGAUGCCCUCAAGCGUGAGUUCCAGUGCGCAACUAUCCAGCUGGACUACCAGGCUCCUUUGAACUUCAAGAUGGAGUAUCAGACCAAUGAAAAGCGGGAGAAGAGCGCCGGCGAAGAGACAAAGGAUGGCGAGGCUAAUUCCGAUGGCUUGCCUUUCGGCCGUGCCCGCCCUGUUGUCAUUCACCGCGCUAUUAUUGGUAGCUUUGAGCGAUUCCUGGGUAUCUUGAUUGAGCACUUCGGCGGCAAGUGGCCAUUCUGGAUCAGCCCGCGCCAGAUCCUCAUUGUGCCGGUCAUGCCAGUUCUGAACGAUUACGCCGAGGAGUUGCAGCGCAUCCUGCAGGGUGAUAAGUUGAAUGUGGACGUGGACACCAGCGGCAACACCCUGCAGAAGAAGAUCCGCACUGGCCAAUUGGCCCAGUAUAACUUCAUCUUUGUUGUGGGUGCCCAGGAGAAGGAGGCGCGCACUGUCAACAUUCGCAAUCGUGAUGAUCCUGCGAGCCAGGCAAAGGGAAUCAUGGUAGGCCUUGAGGAGGUGAGAGCUAAGCUUAAGGACCUCCGCAAGUCACGUAGGUUGGAGAACACUCUGUAG